CUGCCUGCGGCUCAUUAAAGGGACAUUUCACCAGGAGGAGGGUCUGAACAUGAGGACGUCUGCACUGCUCUUCAUCCUGUUGGCUGCAGCCUCACAAACUGUGGCGAAGCCUAAAAACCGCUUCACUCRCUACCCUUUAUGGAACACAAAGAUGUACCCCAUCUGGAAGGAUGGUGACUCGCGGGUCAAAGAUGCCUGGAAAGGUGGAAGAGUGAGUUUUAAUGUUGGGAAUGAUUCUCCAACGCUGACCGGAGCCAAAGUCACCUUCACCAUCGACCUGGAGUUCCCCCACAGACAGAAGGUGCAGCCUGAUGGGAGCGUGGUGUGGGCUGAGGACUGCAUAGUCGAUGGGACAAAGUAUCUUCAGUCUGAGCCAGUUUACCCAGAACCGGACCCAGACUGGGAGCCUGUGUUUCCUGAUGGGACCCCAGUAAGGAAGGACAGAAAACCAGCCUAUGUGUUUGUGUGGAAGACCUGGGGUGAGUACUGGCAGGUGGCCGACGGGCCCUCCUCUUCCCUGACCAUUGAUACGGACAACAUYCCUCUGGGCUCCUACACCAUGGAGAUCGUUAUCUAUCACUACCGGAGCAAGGAGAAGUUCAUUCCUCUGGGAUAUGCCUCCACUCAGUUCUCCAUAACCGAUCAGAUCCCGUUCGCUGUCUCCUUGGACCAAGUGAACGACAUCGUGGCCAGGGACAUGCGCUUUGUGCAGAACAGAGCGAUCGCCUUCACGGUCACCCUCCACGACCCCAGCGAGUACCUGAGCAACGCUGACAUCACCUUCAACUGGGACUUUGGGGACGGGAGCGGCGCCCUCAUAUCCAGAGAGCUGACGGUCACCCACACGUACGUGGACUCGGGCUCCUACAAACCUCAGGUGGUGAUCCAGGCUGUCAUCCCCGAUAAGGCCUGCAACCCUCCAUCUGASAGACCGACCACUGCCCCCGGCCCGCCUGCUGACCAGGCCAGCACAGUGAAAGCUCCUGCCAUGGUGUCUGCAGUGCCACUACUGGUUUCCACCAAGGCAACCAGUCUGCGUGUCAGCGUGGUCCCCUCAGACACGGAGGAGGACAACACUGAGGGAGAAGCCUCCACCCCCUCCAUCACUCAGUCUGCACAGGAAACAGCCACGGUGGCAGAAACUCCAUCACCUCUCCACCAGCUGCCUGCUGCCAGAGAGCCAAAGAACCAGCUGGCACUGGAUGCAAAGAGAGGCUCGAGGCUAACGGGCCGAGCUGCAGCUUUUGUUGUUGCCAAGAGAGAAGCUGAAGAGAAACCAUCUGUUGAUGAUGACUGUGUCAUCUACAGAUAUGGAUCCUUCUGCACCGGCAUUGAAGUCUUUGAGGGUAUUGAAAAAGUAGAGAUUGUGCAAAUGGAUAACAAUCUGAUUGCAACACCUGGAAAGAACACAAAUGUUUUAGACAUCACUGUUACCUGUCAGGGAAGUCUUCCAAAAGAAGUCUGCAGUGUGAUCCUGGAUGCAGACUGCCUGAAGCCCAUCCACACGUCAUGUAACAUGGUGGAACCUUCUAAAGARUGUCAGCUGGUGCUGCGUCACUUCCUCAAUGACUCUGGAGUCUACUGCAUCAAUGUCUCCAUGGCCAAUGAUGUCAGUUUAGCUGCCACUACUGCUAAAGUCAGCGUUGACAUGGGCUCGGGUCUGCCCUCGUCUGGACUCGUCGUCCUGAUGCUGGGUGUUCUGGUUCUGGUUCUCGCCACAGGAGUCAUUGCAUUGUCUUACAGGCGCUUGAAGUCCUACCACCUCCUGAAAGAAGACCCAGCUGCACCUGAAGGCCCACGGGUAAGCAGGUCUGAAGGCGGCUCUGGAUCCUCCAAGCUUUGGAAGUCGCUGAACCGUGGAGGAACCAUGGACAGCUGCCCCCUGCUGCAGGACAGGCUGCUGUAACCCCAACUCACCCCCACCCCCCACAGCCAAAUGCUGAGCAGCAAACUGCAAAGAUAGCUUUUAUACUUUUGAAACAUGUUGCUUUGGAUGAAAGCUUCAGAAAGGUUUUUAGGGUUAAAUCAAGCUACAUCCUAAAUGUAAGCUCUAGAAAUCUUGUUUAUUUUGUACCACAAAUCUAAACAAGUUUUCAUUUGGACAAAAAUGAAAUUGUUUUUCCAAAUAAAUGUUCUUUUAAAUCA